AUGACAAUAUUAAUUUUAUUAUUUAUUUUAACUAUUUCUUCUGUUUUUUCUCGUUCUGCUUAAGAAUGGCAAUCAAGAACAAUAUACUAAAUAAUAACUGAUAGAUUUGCAAAAGGAGACGGCAAUAAACCUUCCUGUGAUUUAAACAGUUAACCAAAUUAUUGUGGAGGUGAUUUUUUUGGCAUUAUUAAUAACUUAGAUUACAUACAAGGAAUGGGUUUUAAUGCUAUAUGGAUAUCACCAAUUCCUUAAAAUGUAGAACAUGCAUUCCAUGGUUAUGCAGCUUAAGACUUAUCAAAAAUAAACUCUCAUUAUGGUGGGGAAUAAGGUUUAAAAAAACUAAUAGAAUCUUGUCAUAAAAAGGAUAUAUGGGUUAUGGUAGAUGUAGUAGCAAAUCACAUGGGUAAUACAGAUUUGGACUUUUCAAAAAAUAUUCCUUUCAAUCUCCCAGAACACUAUCAUGAAUAUUGUUUAAUAUCAGACAAUGACUUUGCAACAAAAAAUAUGAAAAAUAUAUAAAAUUGUAGACUUUCAGGAUUAGCUGAUUUAAAUACUGAAAAUCCUUUUGUUGCUAACUAUUUAUUUUAAUGGAUUAAAAAUCUUAUUUAAACAUAUAAUAUUGAUGGUAUUAGAAUAGACACUGUCCCUGAAGUAUCGCCAAAAUUCUGGAAAUAAUACACAGAAAGUGCUGGUGUAUUUGCAGUAGGAGAAGUAUUUGACCCCUCAUAUAGUUAUGUAGGAGGAUAUGUAAGUUCUGUAGGAAGCGUAUUGAACUAUCCUUGGUACUUUACAGUUAAAGACAUAUUUUUAUACUAAAAAGAUAUGUUAGGAAUCCGUGAUCAUUACUAAAAUUGGUAGAGAUAAAAUAUUGAUGUAUCUAUAUUAGCUUAAUUUAUAGAUAAUCAUGAUAACCCAAGAUUUUUGAGUUAUUCUCAUUUAGAUCAAAAUUCUUUAAAAACUCUUCUUAAAGCCUAUACUACUUUAACUCUUACUACUAUAGGAGUUCCUAUUAUGUAUUAUGGAACUGAAUAAUAUUUUGUUGGAGGCGCAGAUCCAUAUGAUAGAGAACCUUUAUGGAACAAUUUUCAUACUAGCUCAGAAAUGUACAAAUACAUAUAAACAGUACUCUCAGCUAAAUAUAAAGCUUUAUCCUUUAAUAAAGUCUAGUUUACUAACUUUAGAAGAAUUCAUCUUAAUAGUAACAUUUAAACUGAAAGUUACGCUGAUUAGGAGAUUUAUGCAUUUUUCAGAGGUAAAAUGUGGGUAUCAGUUACUAAUAAAUUCUAUUAAGUUACUAAAAUUAUCACUACUCAUCCUUUCUAAAAUGGAGAUGUUAUUUGCAAUGUUUUCUGGCCAAAAGAUGAUUGCAUUACUGUUUAAAAUAAAUCUUUUUAAGUCUAUCUUAAUAAUGGAGAAGCUAAAAUAUAUCUUUUGAAAAGCUAAAUAGUUGAUAUUCAAGAAAAUUGA